AUGAGAACGGAGACGAUAUUGGCGGCAAAUGAGUCGACACCGUUGCAACUCGCGACUUGGGCACCCCGAGGCAAUGCUCUGAUCUACGUUCACCAAAAUAAUAUCUACUAUAGACCGGAAGCAGAGGUGGCUAAUGACUAUCAAAUAACCAACACGGGAGUGUUUGGAACUAUUUACAAUGGCGUACCGGACUGGGUUUACGAGGAAGAAGUGUUCAGCUCAAACAAGGCGCUCUGGUUUUCUCCAAGCGGCACUAAAUUGGCCUUCGGUUAUUUCGAUGACUCUAGUACUCCUAUUAUGACUAUACCAUUUUACGGAUAUCCUGGAAGCUUAUCUUUCCAAUACACGUCGGCGAUACCGAUUCACUAUCCUAAAAGCGGCACGACGAAUCCAACAGUUAAACUAUUUUGCGUCGAUCUCGACAUGGUGGUGCAAGGUAACGUGACUUUGGUGGAGAUCGAACAUCCGCCAGAACUGUCUACCUCCGAAAGGAUUCUGUCAGCGGUGGACUUUCCUACGGACAGUCUCGUGUACGCAACUUGGAUGAACCGAGUGCAGAAUAGGGCGUAUUUCCAACUCUGCGAUGUCGACAGUCUGCUGCCAAAUUGCACGACAGCGCUUUCAUAUAGCGAGACAAAUGGCUGGGUAGAGCAAUUUGAAGCGCCUACAUUCAACGAGGAUGGUAUGUCGUUUCUUCUGAUAUUACCGCAGAUACAGAAGAACGGUAGCAAUUGGCGACACGUUGUACUUGUUACGAAUGCAACCAGCGGCAGGCCGGUCACCACUGCCCUCACCUCCGGCUAUUUCGUCGUGACGGAGAUAGUAUCCUGGGAUAGGGAGGACUCAUAUCUAUACUACAUGGCUACUUCGGAACGCGAGUCGGCAGUACAGCAUUUGUACAGAGUAUCACUGGACCCAGGAUACAAGUCGACCUGUUUGACUUGUAACAUUGUCAGAGAGAGUGAUGGUAGCCGCUGUUUGUACAACAGUGCUAAAUUCUCCAUUGACAAUUCGCAUUACGUGCUUACUUGUGCUGGGCCUGGAGUACCCGAUAUAGCUAUCUACAAUAAGAAUACCACAUUGCUCUCCGUGUGGGAGGACAACAGUGUAGUAAGUGAUAUAAUAGUGGAAAGAUCGCAGCCGAUCGUCCUUCGAUACAAAGUGCCAGUUCCUGGUGGCUUUAACGCCCAGGUGAGACUCUUAAUACCACCUGGUGCUGAUAUGAGCGGUGCCACCAAGUACCCCAUGCUGGUUUAUGUGUACGGUGGCCCGGAUUCGUAUCAGGUGACAGAGAAAUUUAACAUUGAUUGGGGCACGUAUCUUGUAACAAACAAAAGUAUUAUAUAUGCUGCCAUUGACGGUCGCGGCUCCGGAUUAAUGGGUAACGACAUGCUGUUCGCCGGAUAUCGACGUCUCGGCACUGUCGAAAUUGUUGAUCAGAUCAAUGUUACCAGGUAUCUGCAGGACAAAUUGCUCUUCAUUGACCGUACCAGAACGGCGAUAUGGGGCUGGAGUUAUGGUGGAUACGCGACCGGCAUGACGCUCGCUAUGGACUUAAAAGGCGUCUUCAAAUGCGGCAUGUCCGUCGCACCAGUCACAGAUUGGGCCCUUUAUGAUUCGAUUUAUACUGUUACCGAUAAUCUGCAAGGCUAUGAACAUGGUCAGCUGCUCAAUAAAGUCGAGAACAUCAAGAAUAAGAUGUAUUAUUUGAUUCAUGGCACUCUGGAUGACAACGUUCAUUAUCAACAGUCACUUAUGCUCGCGAAGGUGUUGGAGCAGAAAGACAUACUCUUCAGACAACAGACGUAUACGGAUGAAGAUCAUGGUAUCGUCCAGUCGCGAGCGCAUCUAUACCACUCAUUAGAAAACUUCCUGGACGAAUGCUUUCAAAUAUCAUCAUGAUUGGAACACGGGAUAGUGAUGACAAUCUAGACGCUGUAUACCACUUGCCUCACAUUUGUAAAUAUUUUGUCACGUGUACAUAAUUUGUGUACGAUAUGUAAUAUGAGCGUUUAGAGAGUGUACAUAGCAGCGUACGAUUGUUGAGGAAGGAGGAGGGAGGAGGAGGGAGGGAAGGCGGGAGGAGAGGGGAGGAGGC